CCUCCAGUGUGAUGUGAGUGGGUGGGGUAAGGCCUGGCAAUGGCUCUAAAGGGGCUGCGUGGGAGCCUUGGGGUCUAGUAGGGGUUUCUCUGGGUCCUGUAGGCUGCUCUGUGGUUUUCCAGGAUGUUUGGCUUGCAGGUGCACUGUGGCUUGCUGUUGGAGCCCCUAGGCUUCAUCAAGGUCCUCGAGUGGAUUUUUUCCAUCUUUGCUUUUUCAACAUGUGGAGGCUUUCAUGGUGAAACCACCCUUUUAGUUUCCUGCAAGGGUGUGGUGAACAAAACAGUUACAUCUGUGUUUGCUUAUCCAUUCAGGUUGGAUACUGCUCAAUUUAGUGCACCAGAUCCUAAUCGCUGUGGUGGUACUUGGACGGACAACUCUCUUGUGGGCAACUUAUCCUCUUCUGCACAGUUCUUUGUUACACUUGCAGUAUUGGCUUUCCUCUACUGCACUGCUGCCCUGGUAGUGUAUAUUGGAUAUAAGCAUGUGUAUCAGCUCAAUAGCAAGUUCCUACUAACUGAUUUGGCUGUAACUGUUGUAACAACCUUUCUAUGCCUGGUCAGUACUUUUGCUUGGGCAAAGGCACUUGCUGAUAUCAAAAUAUCUACAGGGGCCAGCAUUAUUCCACUAAUUGACUCUUGCAAAGCUCCAGAAACAACUUGUCAUUUUGGUUCUGUGACCAGCAUGAGAUCUCUGAAUGUGUCUGUGGUAUUUGGUUUACUUAAUAUGGUUUUGUGGGGAGGAAAUAUCUGGUUUGUGUACAAGGACACCAACUUGCACAGCCACUCAAACAGAGGUUCUCAAGUUCCAGGGACAUAUGCAGCUCAAAGAAUAUAAGAACAAGAUUACACUUUGAAGUGCUUCUACUUUUACAUCAGACUGUCAAGAGCCUGGAGCCAUUAGGAUCUAUUUCAGCAAUAACUGAUGGUACAGACUUCUGUUUCAUACGAAGUAUUACCUUGACAUAGUCUUCAAUAUUUCAACUGAAUUGUUAUCCUGAAAUAUAUUAUGCCUUAACAAAAAGGCUGUACAACUUUGUACAAUCUUUUUAAGAGAAAAUGUUGAGGUAUUCUAGAUGCUGACACCUUGGGGAGUUCUUAUGUUAACCUCAUAGGAGGGAUGAGGAAGGAGCACCUGUGUUUGGGUUAUAACUGCAGCCUAUUUAGUUUUAACAACCCUUCACUGAAAAAUGAAAUGCCAGUACAACUAGGGUACGUGAAAUACAGAUGAAAAUGUAGUUCAUCUUGGUAAGACUGAUACCAUGCAAAAGCAUCUGCAUCAAGCCUAGAGCUCUGUCAGGAUUGCAGACAUCACACCUAGGUUUGCAGGUAUUCCAUUCAGAUUACAGUAUCAAAUCUGCCAACAGGUCUUUCUUGGAGGACAUUGUUUGUUUGAUAUGUUGUUACUGUUUAGCAUCUUAGGACAGUCUUCAAACAAGGAAGAUGUUACAUUUCAGUAUAAGUUCACUUAUCAAAGAUGAGUGUGCAGUAGGUGACUUAAAGUGUCUCAGAACUCUCUCGCAUAUUAUGGACACCAAAUCUAAUAGAUUCUAAUGGCUAAUGUCAGAGUUUCUAUUAAUUCCUCUGAGGGAUAUAUACAGUCUUUGCAGGUGGAAAGGUUGGACUAGGCCUGUCUGGAUAUGAGAGUCUUCACUAAUACUGCUCAGCUCACUUGUGUUUAUUGAGAGCAAUGUUUGAUUAUUCCUGUGGACAUUUAUGUGAAAAUACCUGACUGUGAAUUGCCUAGAAAGAGUGUGUGUUUUGAUUAAUAAGCUCUUGUUUAAUCUUCGAUUCCUUUAAACUAUGUCAUGAAAAUAAGCAUAGACAUGCUGCUGUAUAUGAAACAAACCUAAACUGUUGAAUGUGCAAGAGCUGUAUUUCUGAUAGUAAACUUCUAAGUAUAACAAAAUUAGUGUGGCUGCUGCAGAAAGAAUGUGCCUUGUCAUUACUGCUGUAAUAGAUGCAGAUGUGUUGGUAUGUGGCAUUAGCUACUGCUGACUUUGCUAGCUGAAUGGGUUAACUGUGCUGCAGAAGAGCUCUUACACUGAUGCCUUGAGUUGGAUUUUGGUGGGUGACUUUUUUUCCUUUCUGUUUUGUUUGGCUUGGCAUGUUUUUCUGUGUUUUUCUCCUUUUCUCUAUUGAGUUUUUUCCUCUUUGAGAGGACCAUCUCUUACUUGGGCAGAUUACAACUGCCUGGUGCUGUGCAACACUUACUUCCGUCAGCCCGUAGCCUGGGGCCAUUUGUUACUUCUAACUGUCCAAAGUUUCAUUUGAACUUUAUUUCAGAAGAGUUAAGAAAUGCGAUGUUCAUAUGGCCCUCUUAACAGACAUGCUAUUCUGUUUCUUCCCAAUUCCAGGAUAAGGGCUUUGAAAGCAUGGACAUCUUACUAUUUCCUGUUUAACAAUACCAGCUCUGUUACUGAUGAAAGAAAACUGGCUUGCCUAUUUAUAAUCUACACUCAGGUACCAAGUACUACAUCACCUUACAAAGGCUUUUCUUGAGGGACUGCGAGAGAAAAGUAGUACGCAACUCCAAGUCAUACAUCAGAAGGAUGACAUGCAAAAUCAGUGCGGUCUCCUUGAGGCUUUCUCCCUGCAUCUUGCUUCUACUAGCUCUAGGAAGCUGUCUGCUGCACCUUCAGGUAGGUGAGGUGCAAUUCUCAGCCUAAAAAGGCUGCUGGGUGGGAUUGUGGAAGGACACUACUAUUCUCACGCUCAGAAGUGAGACUAUGAACAGGCUACUCCUGUUACAGGUUUGUUCAGGAUUUGUUUGUUUCACUGUGAUUUUUUUGUGGGUUUUUUGGAGGCAACAGUGGUAUAUUAUGUCUUAGUCUGCCUUGUUUAUGUAAUUCUGGUGUUAGCUGAACACCUGGCUCAAAGCCAGGUCGGUAGGUAUUCUUUAGGACCACCCAGAAUAAACUGCUCUGCAGAUGCUUUCCUCUAAAGGACUGAUAAAACUACCAAUAUGUUUUGCUUAUGGAGACAAACAUCACUACCAAAAUCUGUCUCAAUCUGUCUUCAGGUGGUUGAUGUUAAUAUAGUGCUUGACUGAGCUGUCCCCACAACCUUACUCGGGUAUCUCUUCUAUGUGAAUUGCCAGGAUGUGUACGCUGCUAGUAGUCCUAUGCUCUUGGCUUCUUUUGCAUCAAGCCUUCAGAAAAUGACUCCUGGCUGGGUUAGGUUUCCAUUAUUUCAGUAGUCUUAAUUGAGUCUUGAAGCUUCACUGGAAUUACUGAUGUCAAGUGCCGAGCCUCAUCUUGUCUUUCAUCUCUGCUACCAGCUGGGUUGUGCCCAGCAGAAUUGCAUUGAGCUAUAAAUAGUUUGAAUCUUGUUGAAAGGCUGCAAUUACAAUGCUUAGGCGUUAGCUAAUGCAGAACAUGAAGCUUUUAUCAAGACUUGAAGUACUGAGCCAGACAGUUGAUUAUUAAUAUAAGGAGGCAUUAUUUUUAAGUGGUCUUGCACUAGCUGCUCUCCUGUCUUCCAAGAACUCGUGCCAAGAACAAUCUGUGUGGUGUCCUUUCUGACCUCUUCUCCUGCAUCAGUUCCAUGCUCCAAGUACUAACUUCAAACCUUCCCUUCUCACAUCUCCUUGAAGGGAUUUUGUUUAUCUGGCACUGCCCUGGCAGUUGUCUCUGAUGGCUACUUUUGUAAUGGUAUGUUUAUAUUGUACAGCUGGGAAGAGGGAAAAAGUGUUGGUUUAAAAAGGGGGGGGGAGGGAGAACAUAAAAAUGACUUUGCACAUAGGGUUUUUUCUCUUCUGAGGGGGUUAAGUCAAAACUGUGGUCCUCCUCAGAUUUCCUGAUAGAAUUACAGACACCUGAAACUAAGAUUUAAAAAAAAAAAGGCUGUAGGAUCACUAAUACAAGCUUACUACAAAGACAAUAUUUAGGUGUUUUGGUAAUUCCAUUGCUAUAUUUCUAAUUUUUGAGCAAACUAGUAUUUGUGACCUUGAUCAAAGCUUGAACUGCUUUGAGCAAGGUUAAACCAAGUUUUUUUUUUCAGUUCUGUACUGUAUGGGGUUUUUUUCUAUCACCUGGUGGAUGAUUGUUUCCCUUUGUACCUUGUUUUUCUCUUUUAGCCAGAGGCUCCCUGCUUGCGUCAUGCUUACUUCAAGCACGGGUUGAAUCCUGAAGUCUAAAAUUUCCAUGAAUUUUCUUAUUGCUUAAGGAGAUAAAUACCUAAUUGAAGAGCUUAUUUAGUCUAUAAUCUCAUAACUCUUUAAGAUGUAAGGUUAUAUAUUGUGUGUAUCUCUAUAAAUGUAUUUUUGCUCUUUAGUGUUUUGUUUGUUUGUUUUACAAAAUUAACAAAAUCAUGUAACUGUCCUGAAGCUCCAGUUCUCUGAUGAGCUGUCACAAAAGGUGCUGUUGGAGCCAGUGGUGUGUCUUUGUUAUCAAAUGGUAAUUGUGUGCAUUUUUGCAUGACGAAAGGAAUGGAUUAGAUCAGUGUAUUCUUCAUUGGCCAAGGUCUAGCCUACAACUGAAGCUGAAACUAAGCCGGGAUUUAAUAUGCUCACCCUCUGUAAGGUUUAUAUGAAGAGGCAUUCCUGUUCCCAGUAGGCUGAAAUUCUCUUACACUUGGAACACAUUUCAUCUACAUCCCCAGGCUGCUUCCCUUAGAAGACAGACAAAACAUGGCAAAUGAGACUAAAACUGGUAAAAUAUACAUAAAUUGAUAUAAUUUCAGAAGAAAUUAAAAUUGAUGGCUGCACAUGUAGCAUGCUCAACCAAAUAAAUGUUAAUGGUGACCUGGUUCUGCAGGCUGAGGUGAAUGUGAUGCACAGUCCACAGCGAGCAAGAUUUCAGAAAGAAUAACCACAUGUCCCUUCCUGGUUCAUUAGGAUAAGGCUUGUUUUGCUUCGGAAAAGGGAGGAUUGCUGCAGAAUGCUGCUGGCUUUGAUGUCUUUUGGGAGUCCCACAGCUGAGAUGAAAUGGGACUUGGUGCAGCAGGAGCAAGCAGCUGCUCUCAUUUAUACUGGACACCCACAAAGGGCUGAGAAGCCUUUGCUUUGAAUUGAUAUCACAUCCAUGCUGACAGUGCUGAGAUCCUCAGUGCCUUAAUUACUGACAAGAGUGAGGAGCUGGGAAAAACUUGCCUGAUUUACCAGCUUUAUCUUGACUGCAUGAGUAUCGCUGUUGCUAACAGGAGAUGCAGUGUGCUUAUCCCUCUGCUGGAGGAACAAAGGGCCUGGACAUCUGCCAGGUCCCUCCAGCUGAGCUAUCCUCAGCUGGCAGCAAUCCUUGCAGCCUUCAAUCAUGCAAGCUCAAAAAUCCUCUCAGACUGUGUGGAUCCUCCUGGCAGCAAGCUGUAGCUAUGCAGCCCUAGCACGUGCACUGAGGUGUGAUUGUGAGGGGCCAUGAUCAGAAACUCGAGGUAGGAGGCGAGGCUGGGUGGUGGCAAUGGAGGAAAAUGGAGUGAAGCGGUUCAUACAGGAUACUACCAGGGAGCUUUCUGGCUGAGAACAGAAUCCUGUCACCAUUAAGAGAUGUCAAAGGAACCGGUUAAUUUGUGGCUUAGGGUGCCAUGACCUGUGAUCUGCAAGCCAGGCCUGCGUGGCAGUGCUGAGAAACAUACUUGCUGUGUGCAUCCAUUCCCAGAAGAGCACCUGAUAUGGCAGCUGGCAUGCUGUUGGCAGUGGGCAAAAGUGUUGCCAUAACCCUGCAGGAAAAGCCAUAGGAAUUGGAUCUGGUCACAUCACAUCUCCUGUAGGUAGUGUGAGUGGAGUCAUCCUGGGACCUGCAUCAUCCCUAGAAGUGUUCAAGAAACAUGGAGAUGUGAUGCUGAGGGACGUGGUUUAGUGGGCACAGUGAAGGAACCUGGCUCACUGUUGUUGCUGCCAGCUGCCUGUGCCCUGCCAGCAAGGAGUGGUUUGUACUUGGCACUGCGUCCAGCCAGUAUCUGAGCAAUUCCUCAUUUAUUCAUGAAGUGAACUACUUGGCUUUAGAGUAUGUGUUACUGCUGCCAGCUGCAUUUUCUUCUUACCUGUCUGCCAGGCAGUUUGCCUUAACACAGCCAUGAAGGAGGCUCUGUCCCUUAGAGCCUGAUUCUCAAUCUGAGUAAAAGCUGGUGUAGCACGAGCUCCAGCAAGUUUACCCAUUUAAUUUCAGUUUGAUUCAAGUACUUUUUCUACAAGUACCACACUCUGGUCCACAGCUGUGCUUCCACCCCGUGGCCCAGGUUCCAUAGCUAUCUGUCCUAAACUCCCUGGGCUGUUUCUUGCAUUGUAAAGCAGCCAGUGUUCUGCCUGCUGCACCUCCCCACCUUGGGGUGGUAACGUGUCAGCUGUUACAUGUAUUGCUGCUCCCAGCUCAUUUUUAUUUUCCUAUAUAUACACAACAUCCUCCAAAUCAUUUUACUCUGGUGAGGAGGAAAAUAUAA